GCGUCGCAAAGCUGUUCUACUUGUCGUCGUGUUUGCCUUAGUUACUGGCACGAAAUAAGGUUAUGUUUGAUCUGUUUGGUUAACUCAGUUUGGAAAACUACGAGUUGUGAAUGUAACAAAGCCUUAUUCCUGGACAGCUCCAGUCUAGAAUUUGUCUCGUUUCGUCGUACGUCAAGUAACUUCGCGAAAUGCCACACGACAAGAAAACCACACGUCGUAGUCGAUCUCGCGACCGUGAUCGUGAACGUGAGCGUGAUCGUGAGCGACGUGACCGUCGACGCAGCAGAAGCCGGUCGAAGGACCGCAAGAAAGAUAGGAAGCGAUCCAGGUCGAGGGAGCGAUCUCGAGAGCGAGAUAGAUCGCGCGAGCGUGACCGAUCACGAGAGAGGGAUCGCGAUCGUUCGAGGGAACGUAGGGACCCCAAGGACAGGUCCAAAGACGACAAGAAACGAAAGACGAGUCCUGUGCUUGCCAAUGAGGAUGAUUCAAAGAAGGACAUAAAGAACGACGUCAAGAAAGACGAGGAUGAAACAGAGGAUAAGACCAAGUCGGUGCCGAAAAAAGAACCGUUGAGUUUGGAGGAGCUACUAUCUAAAAAGAAGGCAGAGGAGGAAGCUCGGGCUAAACCUAAGUUCCUCAGCAAGGAAAAACGUGCUGCUUUGGCAUUGGAAAAACGUCAACAGGAAGUAGAUGCGAUAAGGAAACAACAGGAGGAAGAACGCAAGUCUCUGUUUCACAACGACAACAAUAUUAACAAAGAGAGAGAAUGGGACGAUAGAGACAGGAGAAGAGAGACACGUUCACGCGAGGACGAGAUUAAAGACAAGGAUAAGGAGAAAGAAGUAGAGGCUAUCAAGGAACGAUAUCUAGGUCUGGUGAAAAAGAAGCGUCGAGUCAGAAGGCUGAAUGACCGUAAGUUUGUUUUUGACUGGGACACUUCGGAGGAUACUUCUGUGGAUUACAACAGCAUUUAUAAGGAACGGCACCAGGUGCAGUUCUUCGGCAGAGGUAAUCUGGCCGGUAUCGACAUUAAGGCGCAGAAACGAGAUCAGAGCAAGUUCUACGGUGAAUUACUGGAGAAGAGGCGUACAGAGGCUGAGAAGGAGCAAGAAAAGAUGAGAUUGAAGAAAGUGAAGCGGAAAGAGGAGAAGCAAAAGUGGGAUGACCGGCAUUGGUCUGAGAAGGCACUGAAUGAGAUGACUGAGCGCGACUGGCGUAUCUUCCGUGAAGAUUAUAACAUCACGAUAAAGGGCGGCCGCAUUCCCGACCCUAUUCGAUCUUGGAAGGAGUCAGGCUUCCCCAAAGAGAUCCUGGACAUCAUCGACAAAGUCGGCUACAAGGAUCUCACUCCCAUUCAGCGGCAGGCGAUUCCCAUCGGUCUGCAGAAUCGCGACAUCAUUGGCGUCGCCGAGACCGGUUCGGGUAAAACUCUGGCGUUCCUGAUUCCGUUGCUACUGUGGAUCACCAGCCUGCCAAAAAUCGAGAGGCUCGAGGAGGCCGAUCAAGGACCCUACAGUAUCAUUUUAGCACCUACACGUGAAUUGGCACAACAGAUAGAAGAAGAAACCAACAAAUUCGGACAGCCAUUGGGUAUUCGGACCGUCGUGGUAGUAGGUGGUCUCUCCAGAGAAGAGCAAGGUUUCAGAUUGAGGAUGGGUUGUGAGAUUGUCAUCGCUACACCCGGACGCUUGAUAGACGUUUUGGAAAAUCGAUAUCUCGUGUUGAAUCAAUGUACAUACAUUGUGCUGGACGAGGCUGACAGAAUGAUAGACAUGGGUUUCGAGCCAGACGUUCAGAAAAUUUUGGAAUACAUGCCUGUGACGAAUCUAAAACCGGACAACGAGGACGCGGAGAAUGAGGAGAAACUCCUGGCUAACUACAACACGAAGAAGAAGUACAGACAAACAGUGAUGUUCACUGCCACAAUGCCUCCUGCUGUGGAGCGACUAGCUAGAACUUAUCUGAGGAGACCGGCGGUCGUGUACAUCGGCAGCGUUGGCAAGCCUACCGAGCGUACCGAGCAGAUAGUUCAUAUCAUGGGCGAAGCCGACAAACGCAAGAAACUGAUGGAGAUACUCAGCAGAGGUGUCGAGCCACCUGUCAUCAUAUUCGUUAAUCAGAAGAAGGGUGCGGACGUCUUGGCGAGAGGCUUGGAGAAGUUAGGAUACAACGCCUGCACUCUGCACGGUGGCAAAGGUCAGGAGCAGCGUGAGUACGCCCUGGCGUCGCUCAAGAGCGGUAGCAAAGACAUUCUGGUGGCCACUGACGUUGCUGGACGUGGUAUCGACAUCAAGGAUGUGUCGAUGGUCAUCAACUAUGACAUGGCUAAGACUAUCGAAGACUACACUCACAGGAUCGGUCGAACCGGUCGUGCCGGCAAAGCCGGUCUUGCCAUUUCCUUCUGCACGAAGGAUGACAGCCACUUGUUCUACGAUCUUAAGCAAACCAUCCUCGCCAGUCCGAUAUCUACGUGUCCACCAGAGCUUCUCAACCAUCCUGAUGCACAACACAAGCCUGGUACGGUAGUCACGAAGAAACGACGGGAAGAGAAGAUAUUCGCUUGA